AGGCGGCCUGCGGUGCUCGGGCCCGGCCGGCGGCCGCGGGGAGGAGCGCGGUCGCCACCAUGUCGGCGGGCGGCCGCGACGAGGAGCGGCGGAAGCUGGCCGACAUCAUCCACCACUGGAACGCCAACCGGCUGGACCUGUUCGAGAUCAGCCAGCCGACCGAGGAUCUGGAGUUCCAUGGAGUGAUGAGAUUUUAUUUUCAAGAUAAAGCUGCUGGAAACUUUGCAACAAAGUGUAUUCGGGUCUCAAGUACUGCAACCACUCAAGACGUGAUUGAGACACUGGCAGAGAAGUUCCGGCCUGACAUGCGCAUGCUGUCCUCUCCCAAGUACUCCCUCUACGAAGUGCAUGUCAGCGGAGAAGAAAGAAGAUUGGACAUGGACGAGAAGCCUCUGGUUGUGCAGCUGAACUGGAAUAAGGAUGACCGGGAGGGGAGGUUCGUGCUGAAGAACGAGAACGACGCCAUUCCUGCUAAGAAGGCUCAAAGUAAUGGACCUGAAAAGCAGGAAAAAGAAGGCGUUAUCCAGAACUUCAAGAGAACUCUCUCGAAGAAAGAAAAGAAGGAGAAAAAGAAGAAAGAAAAAGAGGCUUUGAGACAGGCAUCUGAUAAGGAGGAUAGACCCUCCCAAGGGGAUGACAACGAGAAUUCUCGACUGGCUGCUGAGGUUUACAAAGACAUGCCUGAAACCAGCUUUACUCGAACAAUUUCUAAUCCUGAGGUGGUUAUGAAACGACGGAGGCAACAGAAACUGGAGAAGAGAAUGCAGGAGUUUCGGAGCUCAGAUGGGAGGCCGGAUUCAGGUGGGACUUUGAGAAUUUAUGCAGACAGUUUAAAGCCAAAUAUUCCCUACAAGACAAUCCUGCUGUCUACUACAGAUCCCGCAGACUUUGCUGUGGCUGAAGCUUUAGAGAAAUAUGGUCUGGAAAAAGAAAAUCCCAAGGACUUCUGCAUUGCCCGGGUCAUGCUUCCCCCUGGAGCCCAGCACUCUGACGAAAGAGGUGCUAAAGAAGUUAUUCUUGAUGAUGAUGAGUGUCCUUUACAGAUCUUCAGGGAAUGGCCAAGUGACAAAGGGGUUUUAGUCUUUCAAUUGAAGAGGAGGCCACCAGACUACAUUCCAAAGAAAAGCAAGAAAGCCGUGGAAGGGAAGCUGCUGAAGGGGAAGGAGAAGGCUGACGGGGCUGGCUAUGGCUCUGCCCUUCCUCCAGAGAAGCUGCCCUACUUGGUGGAGUUAAGCCCAGAUGGUUCUGACUCCAGAGACAAGCCAAAACUUUACCGCCUUCAGUUAAGUGUGACUGAAGUUGGGACAGAAAAGUUCGAUGACAACUCCAUCCAGUUGUUUGGCCCGGGAAUUCAGCCCCAUCACUGUGACCUCACUAACAUGGACGGAGUGGUCACUGUGACUCCGAGAAGUAUGGACGCGGAGACGUGUGUGGAUGGCCAGCGCAUCUCUGAGACCACCAUGCUGCAGAGCGGCAUGAAGGUACAGUUCGGAUCGUCACACGUGUUUAAGUUCGUGGACCCCAGCCAGGACCAUGCCCUCGCCAAAAGAUCUGUGGACGGAGGCCUGAUGGUCAAGGGCCAAAGACACAAGUCUGGAACUGUUCAGGAGACGACCUUUGAUUUGGGAGGUGAUAUUCACAGUGGGACAGCACUGCCGUCCAGCAGGAGUACCACUAGACUGGACAGCGACAGGGUGUCCUCUGCCUCCAGCACGGCUGAGCGAGGGAUGGUAAAGCCAAUGAUCCGUGUGGAUCAGCAGCAGGACUACCGCAGACAAGAAAGCAGGUAGGAGUGCUGUGCUUGAAUGGUGGGAGGAGGACGGAGGCGUUCCUCGAGAGGCCUGAGACCAUGUCACCAAGCAUUGUAGAGCGCUCACGGUAUUGCUUAGAGUACUUCCGUCCCAUACUGUGGAGUUGAAGAAGCAGUUGGCUGCUCUGUAACAACAUAUGGA